UGCCGGGAGCUGUGUGCUGCCCUAGUCUGGGGGGCAGCUUUGAGCCUGUCCCCUCCCUGAAGCAACCCUUCUGAGGGAUUGGUUCAUUCACAGCGAAGGGGGCGUGCUGACAGUAACUUUCACUCAUUCACCCUAGCCUUCUGCCUCUUGUAUUCUUAUAUUAGUGUGCAGUUGUUGCGUUUUGUGUUUACAAAGAGAUAAAGGCGAGCGAGAUGGAUCUGGAGGAAGGCAGACAGGGGUACGAAGCGCAUUACUCUAACAAGGAGCAGCGGGCGUCCAUGCUGCCUCCAAUCUCGGAGCCGCCAGUGAGGAACCGGACACAGCAGCGCUGCACCAAGUCCCGAACGAUCAUUGUGGUGCUGCUUUUGUCUUUGUUAAUUUUACUUCUUGGACUAGGACUUGGCCUAAGAUCAUGUAGAAGUGUAGUAGAUGAGUCCUGGGCAUGCAGUAAAUUGCGUUGUGGUGAGAAGCGCUUGACAGGAAACCAUUGUUCAUGUUCUGAUGACUGCAUUCAGAAUAAAGAUUGCUGCACCAAUUACAACAGUAUCUGUCAAGAUGAGAAAAGCUGGCUGCAGGAUGACUGUGAAGAUGUUGACAUACCCCAGUGUCCAGAAGGGUAUUCUCGGCCUCCUGUCAUCUUGUUUUCAUUAGAUGGAUUCAGAUUUGAUUAUUUGCAGAAGUGGAAGAGUUCUGUGCCUGUCAUAGACAAACUGAAUACCUGUGGCGUGCAUGCUCCAUAUAUGAUACCAGUGUACCCGACCAAAACCUUCCCUAACCACUACACGAUUGUCACAGGUCUAUAUCCAGAAUCUCAUGGUGUGGUUGGAAAUCGCAUGUAUGAUGUGGACAUGGAUGCCUCUUUCAGCCUUCGAAAUGAGGAAAAAUUCAAUUCCCUCUGGUACAAAGGACAACCUGUGUGGCUGACAGCAAUGUAUCAGGGUCUGAAGACAGGUACCUUUUUCUGGCCUGGAUCUGAAGUCAAGAUAAAUGGAACAUAUCCAAACAUUUACAAAAUAUAUGACCACUCCAUUUCGUAUGAAGAAAGAGUUUUCACUAUUCUUAAGUGGCUUGAUUUGCCAAAGGAACACAGGCCUGAUUUCUACAGCCUGUAUUUGGAUGAACCGGAUAAAUCAGGGCAUGAAUAUGGGCCUAAUAGCAAUAAAGUGAAAGAAGCACUAGAGAGAGUGGACAUGAUAGUGGGAAUGUUGAUGGAUGGGCUCAAGCAAAGAAACCUGCAGCAAUGUGUCAACCUGAUACUGGUAUCUGACCAUGGAAUGGAAGAAGUUAACUGUAAAAAGGUUGCCUAUCUGAAUAGGUAUUUAGAUAAUAUCCAGAACAUCUACAUGCGUUAUGGACCAGCUGGUCGGAUAAGAGCUAAAGAUGUCCCUAAGGAGUUUUUCACAUCUGAGAAUACACAUCAAAAUGAAGUAUUAGUUAGAGGUAGAUACCUGGCUAGGAGGAACGCAUUUGUCUGCACUCGAGUUGAUUCAGAAGGCCUUGUAAAAAAUCUUACUUGCAGAUCACCAAAUCAACACUUCAAGCCCUAUCUGAAACGUUUCUUGCCAAAACGUUUCCACUUUGCCAGCAGUAGAAGAAUUGAAGAUGUUCACUUGUAUAUGGACCCACAAUGGCAGACUGCGCUGAAGCCACCAAUGAAAUAUUGCACAGGGGGAUUUCAUGGCUCUGAUAAUCAGUACAAGAGCAUGCAGGCCAUCUUUCUAGGCCAUGGACCUGGUUUUAAAACCAGGACUGAGGUUCAACCCUUUUCAAAUAUUGAAGUCUACAAUCUGAUAUGCGAUUUGUUGCAGAUCACGCCUGCACCCAACAAUGGAACUCAUGGAAGUCUAAAUCAUCUUUUAAAGAAACCUGUCUACACCCCUACCCAUUUCAAGGAGCUAUCUUCAACAUCAUCUUGCUCUUCGACAAAAAUUAGACCAACAAUUGUUCCUCAAACAGAAUGUUUAUGCAGUUCUCUGGAAUCAUUGCCAGAAAAUGCAUGCAAGGAAUUAAACUUCUCCUUAACGGAAGCUAAAAAUGCUGAUGCUCUUAACUUGCCAUAUGGACGACCGAGAGUUGUGCAGGAGAACAGCAAGUGGUGUCUCCUGCAUCAGCAUUGGUAUGUAAGUGGCUACAGCCAUGACAUUCUAAUGCCAUUGUGGAGUGCAUAUACUGUCAACAAAACUGAAAAUCUGGUUGCUCCUCUGCCAAACAUUUCAGAUUGUGUAUUUGUUGAUGUUCGAAUUCCUUUUACUGUAAACCCAAUUUCAUACAAUAAUGAAGAUAAGGACAUAACUUACAGGUUCCUUUAUCCACCUAACUUGCAGUCAGGACAAUAUCAAUUUGAAGGUGUAUUUACCAGCAACCUUGUACCCAUGUACAAAGCCUUUCAAAGGAUAUGGAAUUACUUUCACAAUGUUUUGCUGCUGAAGUAUGCUAUACAGAGAAAUGGCAUCAAUGUGAUUAGUGGACCAGUGUUUGAUUUUGAUUACGAUGGACGGUUUGAUACUUCUGACAUAAUCCAAAAGAAUGUUAAGGAUGCACAAAUUCCUAUCCCAACUCACUACUACAUUGUCCUUACCAACUGCAAGGACACCAUGAAAAGCCCUCUACAAUGCGACACCUUGCUGGAUGUAUUGGCUUUCAUUCUGCCUCAUAGACCUGACAACAGUGAGAGCUGUGCAGAUGGCAAAGAGGAAUCCCAGUGGGUUGAAGAGCGAAUCUGGGCUCACACAGCACGAGUGAGGGAUGUGGAGCUGAUCACAGGACUUGAUUUUUAUCAGGAAAGAAAGCAGCCGCUCACUGAGAUUUUACAGCUGAAAACAUUUCUACCAACAGCUGAAGAUCAAAUAUGAUUUUUAUUUCACUGAAUUGUAAUAAAGUAUACAGUGACAUUUU